GCAGCCGACGAGGCGGUCCACGAGGCAGCUGACGAGUCAGCCAACGAGGCUGCCGACGAGGCGGCAGACGAGGCAGCUAACGAGGCAUUCAACGAGGUAGCCGACGAGGCAGCCGACGAGGCAGCCAAUGAGGCAGCCAACGCGGCAGCCAACGAGGCAGGCGGCCGACCAGACAAACGACGAGGCAGCCAACAGGGCAUCCGACAAGGCAGCCAUCCAGCCAACCAGGCAACCGACGAGGCAGCCACCAAGGCAACUGAGCAGGCAACCAUCGAGUCGCCUCACCAGGUAACCCACAAUGCAGCCGACAAGGCAGCCGAUCAGGCAGCAAACGAGGCAGCCGACAAG